AUGAACCUAAUUAGGAAAAGGAGAAGGAAUGGCAAUGAAGAAGACAGUCACCUCCCUCAGACCAAACGGAGUAGCAGAAACCCUGUCUUUCAGGAUUCCUGGGAUACAGAGACAGCACCCGUAACGAAAAACAGUAAAGAAAACAGACUAAGAGGAAACAAAGUGUUCUGUGCGUCUUCAAGCAGUGACAGUGGUGGUAGCAGCAGCAGCAGUAGUACCAGCAGCAGCAUCAAUAGCCCAGACAGGGGAAGUGUUCAAGAAAGCAGCUUAAACCAGAUAAUUACCGGAUCCAGCCCUAAUACCCCUCAGUCCUUACAGGAGCAGUCUGCACUAUGCCAAGGCCCUUACUUCCACAUCAACCAGAUUCUGAAGGAGGCCCACUUUUAUAGCCUACAGCACCGAGGACGACCUCCUACAUGAUGAACUAGCAGUUCCUUGCCUUCUGUGAAGGGACAGCACUGUGCAGAUUUGAUAUUUCAACUUAAAAAGUUUGUUAAAAAAUUGCACAAAAUAUGCCUGUUGGCUUUUCAGUCUACAUUUGAAAUGACAGGGUAGCAGGCAUUUGUUUACUUGUGGUUUUGCUGCACUAUUGCAAUGUCAGAGGGGCUUUGAAGCCAUUUUUAUGGGAUUCUUUUCAGGGUGGGUGUCAUCCCAGUGAAGGUGACGGUAGGAGGAAACUGCAUCUGCAUGUUAAGAGUCCGUACUGGCUCCAUUUCACAUUUGGAAACAAAUUGGAAACUUACUAUUUUGUGCAAGGAGUCCUUUUAAAAUCUUGGGGGGGGGGGUCUUCAAAUUUUAAAGAUUUUUUAAAAAAUUCGGUAAACUAGUAAAGACUAGUUUGCAUGAUAAACAUUAGUUUUCUUUCCCAAAGUAUAAAAGAGCUUGCUUCUGGCUUGGACUGAAGCUGGCUACCAUACUACCUCUCAGUAUGCAGAUGUCCUAUUGAAAUUAAUUUCCUCUGUUACAGGGGGAGAAAAACUAGAGCAAGCUUAUUAGAUUAGACUUUGUAAGAUGGAAACACCCUCCCUACAGUCUGUCUUCUCUUCCCUAUCUAAAGUGUUUGCAUUUCCAGGGAGAGUGUCUUUUUGACACCUCCUUGAAUCCCAAUUAUUUCUAUGAUACCAUUAUUCCUCCAAAGGCUAGAUUUUUAAGGCUUUUAUUGGCAAACACUGCACAGUUUUGAAAGACAAGAAGUUGUACUGUAUUUGUAACCUUUGUCUUGGACACAAAUGUACAUUAGCAGCUUAAAUGAUCUCGUGAUAAUUCCACCCUGUGGUGUCUAGUAAGGCACAGAUGAUUAACGAUAAAGACUAAGCAACCUG